ACCGUCUCCAGUUAUGUUCAGAACUGAAAUGUUAGGUAAAAGUGGCUCUCGCAGUUUGCAGAAGAUAGUUAAAAAUACGGAAUAAAUUGUGUUAAAUCGUCCGCAAGUGUUCCCCAACAUGCUGGAUCUAAAUCGGAGCCGAAUCUGAGGAGAGGACCCACACACGCACCACCCACACUACAAGCCAGAAGAGCAUCAUUAAAACAGCCGAAAUGAGCGGUCGCGGCAGUCGCAAACGUGGUCGGCCGCCAAAGACGCCCAACGAGCGCGGUUCGGGACGCUUCCAGUACCAGCUGCUCAAGAAGCCCAAGUACCUCAGCGAGGGCAAGUCCCAGCCCAGCACCCCGUCGGCCUCCAGGGGCAUUUCCCCGCAGAGCGACGAGGGCAGCCGGAGCAGCCACAACAACCACGCCAAUAUCAGCCGCAACCGCGGAAGCGCCGCCAAGAGGGGCCGCGGACGCAAGUCCACCGUGCAACCCAACACCAGCAGCUACUCCGGAAGGAAAGGGUACGAGUCGGAAUAUCACUACGGAUCUGAUUUUGGAGACUCCGACGAAGACAAAUCAGAAAAUGAGGAUGACAUGCUACUCACGCCCAGCGACGACGAGAGCCUGGAAGCAGCCAACGAGAGCGAGUCGGAAUUCUCCGUAUGUAGCUUCAACCAAAACGGAGUUGGCCGGCCUCCACGGCCGCCUAGCCCGGAACCCGUGUGGCUGCAGGAAGGGCGGCAGUAUGCAGCGCUAGACUUGCCCGACUCCUCGGAGGAUCUGUCCAUAGCCAAUGCCCACGUUUUUCGAGCCCUCAGUAUUUACGAAGUACUCCGGCGUUUUCGCCACUUGGUGCGUCUCUCGCCAUUCCGAUUCGAGGACUUUUGCGCGGCGUUGGCUUGCGAGGAGCAAAGUGCUUUGCUGACAGACGUGCAUAUAAUGUUGCUGAAGGCCAUUUUGCGGGAAGAGGACGCACAGGGCACCCACUUUGGUCCGCUGGAUCAAAAGGACACUGUUAAUAUUAGCCUCUACCUUAUUGACGCUAUAACGUGGCCGGAAGUCCUGCGCAGCUAUGUGGAGAGUGACAAGACGUUUGAUCGCAACGUGUUCCAAAUUCUAAACCAAUCUGAGUACCCGUACACGGGCAUUGAGAGCCGACUUGAAGUGCUCCAAUUUUUGUCAGAUCAAUUUCUAACUGCCAAUUCAAUUCGCGAUGUCAUGCUGCAGGAAGGGCCCAUUCACUACGAUGACCAUUGCCGCGUUUGCCAUCGACUCGGCGACUUGUUAUGCUGCGAAACGUGCCCUGCCGUCUAUCACUUGGAAUGCGUAGACCCGCCCAUGAACGACGUACCCACUGAGGAUUGGCAGUGCGGGCUUUGUCGCUCCCAUAAGGUCAGUGGAGUAGUGGACUGUGUGCUGCCGCAGGAAAAACAAGGCGUGCUGAUCCGGCAUGACAGCCUGGGUGUUGAUCGUCAUGGGCGCAAGUAUUGGUUUAUCGCCCGUCGCAUUUUUAUCGAGGACCAGGCAGACUCCACUUGCUGGUACUACAGUACGACAAGCAAGUUGAAGUUGCUACUUAACCGACUGGACGCCGAAGAACUGGAAACUCGACUGCACAGCCAGAUUACAGAACGCCGAGACGAAAUUGAGCGGCAAAUGAAAUUGACUGAGACCCUAACUAAUGAGCACAAACACACCAAGCGAAGUUUAAUCGAAAUCGAACAAGAGGCUACCAAUGAAAUACUUGAGAAGGAGGCACUUGACGCGGAAGCAGAGGAUGGCGAUGCCAAAUCCGAGAGCCAAUCUGAUGGAGCGAAGAAACAGGAAGAAUCCAAAAUGGUAACGCGUCAAAAGUCCAGCCAGCUCAGUAAUGGCACGUUGCAUUUUAAACUCGGCAUGGAGCAAGGAUUCAAAAACUAUGUUAACCAGUAUUCAACCAAUGCAAUUGCCCUCAACAAGCCGCAACGGAACGAGGAACGGGACAAGCGGCGUCAUCUGUCCCACAAGUUUUCGCUAACGACUGCUUCCGACUUUAAGUGGAUCGGUAUAACCAUGGGAACUACCGAGAACAUGAUUACAACGCUCAGGCAGACGCUGAUAAACUUCGAGUCCAAUAUAGCAGCUUCGUUUCUAAAUUCUAACUGGGUGGUUAACAAGAAAGUCUGGAACGCUGCCGUCAUGAACGCCCGCCGCGCAUCUGACUUUGCUGCCGUCUUGCUGCUGUUCCAAUCGUCCCUCAAAAGCGUUGUAUUCGCCAAUGUCUGGCAUGAGCAGCUUGGCCACACGAAUCUGCAACGCAUAACUAGUGGCGAACGGGAAGAGCGAAAGAAACUGGAGAAGCGAGAGAAGCGCGAGCGGGAUGACGAGGAAGAACGCAAUCGCCUUGCCUUCAACUACAUUAAAUACACCCUGGGCCUCAAACAUCAAGUCUGGAAGCAGAAAGGAGAGGAGUACCGCGUCCACGGACAGUGGGGCUGGCUUUGGCUUUCAAGCAGUCGACGGUGCGGUGUUCGAGCACGACGAGCUCAACCGCUGGUUCACAAUAGGGUGUAUGUGCAUUACACCAUGGGAGAGGAGAAUGCCGUAAACGAAAUUGUACUGGUCGACCCACGCACUCAGCGUUUUAUGCAACAAUGCGAGUCCAGCAAUGUCGACGGUCAGGUGUGUCAUUACUUGCCGGAGCAAUUCAAAAACGUGAAAGUUAUAGAAGAUGUUGGGGAGAAGGUCAAGGGGCACAUCGAUGUCAGCAAAGCGCUAAAUGCUCCAGGGCGUACUUACUACCCGAAAGUGGCUCGCAAGUGUCGGUUAGAUGAUCUGCUUGAUCGCCGUGUAAAAUUGGCCGAGGCCGAAGAGCAGAUGGCUUCUAAAGUUGCUACCGAUGUGAAGCCGCUUGUGAUUUCGUCACAAAGCGUUGCGGCCAACACUAAGCAAACGUAUCUGGAGAAGCGCUUACUUCGCCUUACUGAAAUCCCAGCAAAGGGAGGUCCUGCAAACGUCAACUUGGAACUCGUCAAUUCGCUGGCUAAACAAAUUCAAACAGUGCGCCUACAAUUUAGUCAGCUUAAUCGUUUUGCAAAGAUUUUCCGUUGCUACACCAAGGAGUGUAAUACCAAUUCGAAUGCUGUAUCUCAAAUAACCCAAAAUACUUGCUACUCGCCAUUGUGUCUUCAAAAAGCGCGGGCGAAGAAAGAACUCUUGUUGUUGCUGCGGAAGGCCCAUACUGCGGGAAAUGGCUCCAAGGAGACAGUUGCCGCCAUAUUGGGGGCUGUCAAAAAGCCAUCUAUUCUGGAGCAAAAGCUCACUGAGGGUAAAAGGGAAUCCACUCAGCUAGCUACGGAUGAAUCAGAAGAGGGAAAACCAGCUGAAUCCGAGGCACCCUUGGACUUACUGCAAGACUGGGAACAUGCUCGGGCGCACGCUGUUCUCUUUAGCGAUUCUUUGUUGACUGAGUGCAUGCUGCUUGAUCAAGACUGCGCAGCCAAUGCAAAGAUAAAAGAGGAAGAUGAUCCGAGCGCCGGAAGCAAUACAACAACUGACUCCAACACCCAAGACUCCGAUAAAAUGGACUAUAUCGAGAGCAUGGACGUUUGCAGCAAUGUCGAAAUUGAGAGUACCGAGGACUCUAUUGUGGCCGGCUUAAAUGCAGCGUGUUCAGGAGCUAACGCAGAAGAUGUCGAUAUGACACCCGGAUGGCGGCGAAAGCGGAACCAGAAAUCUAAGAAAAGCUAUAUUGGAACUAAAGAUGUGUUGGAUCAGACGUUAGCCAAGGAUAUACCCCUUAACAAACAGAACCGCAGAUUUCCUAUCAAUGCACGUCCAGUUAAGCGUGAAUGCGUAAAGAAAUAUGAGCGGGAGUAUUUUGAGAACGGAUCCGAGCGUGUCUAUUCAUCGAAUUCGCCCCGAGGUCGUGUAUACCUCCUUAGUGACGCAGCUAAGUUGUACGAGCAAGCUGUAAAGUCCGAGGAUAAAACAACAGUCUACAAAAAGCCAUCGUAUUCACGAUACCCUCUAAUCUCAAAUUUUCUUACUCACAAAAAGAAACGCAGCCUUUUGGUGCUACCUCGUUUCGAGCUCCUUAAGCUGGCGCGUCUGGGUGGAAAAACAACAACUAAUGGCUUUCAUCACGGGGCGAAAAAUAAUACAAUUUGGCAAUAUCAGUGCUCACGUCCCCUGUUUCGAACGUGCUGGUCCUAUCGCACAUCUAAUGCCACCUCCUUGUCCAGCCUGGCGCUUCAGUUGCGGAUUCUGUGGUCGUGUCUCCGGUGGGACGACAUGAUAGCGAAGCCCCCGUCCACGGAUGGGAAGCAUCAGGUCACAACGGAUACGGAAAUUGUGACUUUGGAAUUGCUAAAACUUCGACAUGCAGGGCGCUAUGGCGAAAAAACAAGCUACUUACGGCGUAAGGUUGUCAUUCCGCUUGAAAUGCCUAAGACUAUAAGAGAAGUAACAUCCAUAAGAUCUGGACUGCGGAAACGAAAGCGGGCUGAAUCUCCCCAGCCAACCGAGCCGCAGAUUAGCGAGGAAUGGGUCGAUGAAGAUAAAUUAGAAUUGUGGGAAAUUAAAUUCAUUGGAGAAAAACAGGAAAAGGCACGCUUAUCGGCGGUAACUCGAUCUGUUGCAUCUCGUCAAUUGGAGGCAAGUGGCAAUAAUGGUCCGAGCACUUCAACUAAUGGAACUCCUGGCGGCGCUGGUCGCGUCCAAUUGGCCCCGAAAUCAAGUGAAGAUGUCAAGGAGAAAAUGGAACAGCAAUUGAAAUUGCAACGCGCUGUUCACCAGCAGAGGAAACUGGUUGGCACUGGCGAGGUCGCCCGUUCUGUGACCCCAGUCAAGGGCCAAGUUAUUGGCAGUAGGCGCGUGAUUGUCAAAAACCCAGAUGGCACAACGCGAAUCAUUCAGCAAGCGGUUACACAGGUUUCACGAGCUGCAGCUGCUAACACGGCGACAGCAACUGCUUCCCCUACUGUAGCAAGCACCCAGUCUACUCCAUCCACACCUACACCACAUAAGGUACAAAUUAUUAGGGGGCCAGACGGAAAGGUAAGCGUACGCGGAUUAAACCCUGGGCAGCAGCUAGUUCAGAUGCCGGACGGAAAACUACAUGUGCUGACUACCACAACGUCAUCAAAUGCAGCAACGCCAGGAAACAAAAUCAAGGUUCCCAUUAAACCUACUUCUACUCCGUCGUCACCAGCAGUAACUUCAGUACAGUCUACUGCAAGUCCAGGAGCGCCAGUAAUAAAACAAAUUGCUGUUAAACAUGUCACGAAAAAUUCCGGGACUCCAUCCAUAGCGUCCUCUCCGCGCGUUGCUCUACCGCUUGCACAAAUUAAGAACAAAUUGUUGCUGGCCCAACAGCAGCAGCAAGCAGCAUCCGCAUCAGCAACAACUUCAUCGCCGUCCGUUCAGAAAAUAGUGUCAAAAGUGGUUAGCUCGAGUUCCUCUGGUCAAAACCUGCAACAAGUAUUUGUACAAUCUGGGUCAAAAUUGGUGGUAGGCCAAAAUUCGCAGGGACAAAAGGUUAUUAUAUCUACUUCGUCUGCACAACAACAAGGAGCAUCACCGGUUCAACAACAGCAGCUUGUUCAACCUCAAGUUAUUUCACAACCAAUUCAACAGUCACCGCAGCAGCAAAUCUCAAUGGCCCAAGUCGGAAGUCAGCCAACCCAAAAAGUAAUUCAGCAAAUCGUUAACACCAGCAACGUGCAACAGCAGAUUGUAGUUGGCGGCCAACGGAUCAUUUUAAGCCCCGGUCAAACUAUUGUUACGCAGAGGAACGUGCCCCAGAGUCAAGCAUUGCAGAUGGUUCAGCAGCAGAUACAAACCCAGCAACAGCAGCAACAACAACAUAUUGUUCAGCCUCAGCAACAAUUUGUUGUUCAAUCGAACCAGAUUGUUCAGUCCUCGCCAAGUACUCAAACAAAGUUGGUCAAACAGCUUGUGGUUCAACAACAUUCGCAACCAACAAUCGAAGAGAAAGCCCAGAUCACCACUACUGAUGUCAAUGAAUCAGGUACACAACAAGUACUGGUUCCCAAUUCGACCUUAGCCCAGCAGUUGGCACAGGGCAAGUUACAGGUGGCCACUGUGAAUGGCCAACAAGUCAUUGUUAAGCCAUUAGGGAACAACCAGGCGCAAAUCGUAGCACAUAUAAAACACCAAGGCGAUGGGAACGCUCACAUCGUGACGAGUAAUUCAGCCACUGCUGCGCAAGCAAGUCCACAAACCUCACCAGUCAAACAGCAGACUCUCCCAUCACAAAGUCCCCAGCAAGUCGUUGUUCAGCAGCAGCAAAUGUCUCAGCAGUCGACAACAAAUUACGAAAGUGGCGUUACCUCAAUCACUCAACAGCCCGUUGUUGCCCAGACUGUCCAGGGUCAAGUCCAACAGCAACCCAUGAGUGUCGAGGAAAGUCUUCUUCAAAAUCAGCCUCCUGGAACAGUCAUUAAGUGUGUCACCGCUCAAGUAUUGCAAACCGAGCAUGGGCCACGUAUAGUAUUGCAAGGCCUUGUGGGCAACGAUUUCACUGCACAACAAUUGCAAUUAGUACAAACACAGGUGAAACAGCAAUUAAUGAAGGCUCAAGAGUCAAAUGGCAAGCUAGGUGUUCUGGGCCCAACAAAAAUAUACCUGGCGGUACAGCCGGAAUCUGCAGUUCAAUCACAACCCCCUCCACUUACCCCAGUUCACCAAUCAGCUACGCAUCAGCAAGUUGGUGGCGGCGUAUCAAUUGCUUGUAUGGUGAAUUCGAAUUAUGUUUUGCAUGAAAUGCAAGAAGAAGAUUAUGACGAUGAAAUUAUCGUCGUCUGCAGUCCGCCGAAUAAAAUUAUACCCACAUCCCCAAAUGACGUAACCCAAGGUAGAACUUUAAUAAGUGAUUUGCCGUGCCACACCAACAUUAGUUUUGAAGAUCAAGACAAUAAUGAGCAGCAUCGCCUAAAAUAUGAAAGUGAAGACCUUAAACGAUGUUCAUUGCAGACCAACAACAUAGACAACGAUGCCAAUGCGCUAACCACAUCUUUCGAAGCCAAUUCAACUAUUAGAAUUAAUUCCAUAAACAAUGGCAAUGAGCAGGAACAUAGUAAAUGUGCAGAAACAGAAAAACCUAAUAUUACAAUUAACAAGCCCUUUGUGGGUACAUCUACCCUAUUAGAGGGCUUAGAGCAUAACGAACCAGCGAAUCAUGCCGAAUUCGAUCCCACAGAAGCAGACCUAGAGAAUAAACAAAGCGACAGCUUUGUUGUCACCAGCGGCUAUAUACAGGAGUCUAUUUCAAAUGCUCUAAAACAAGGUAAUCUGAGUCCGGAACUUGAAGAAAAACUUGUUAGUAUGCAGAAGCAACAAGAGAAUGCCAAUUCAAACUGUGCAGAUGAGUGGGAGUUAUGCCCCAGAGGGACUGCAAGCGAGGAAGCACUCACACCAAGUCGCCGCAGCUUUGUAUCGCGUGAUAAUAACACCGAUGACGUUGAAUGGAAAAUUCGGACUUCGUUAAGACGCCCAAAUGCUAUGACAACCAGUAAUCAAUUUAAUCGCAAUUUAAAGAAAAAUCGCAGGCAGAUUGAAGAAGUUGAAGAACUUCAAGAGGAAAAGCAAUCACAGUUGGAACGCCAUAAAGAGCUGCUUAAGAAAAGUAUUUUGCGUAAGCGUUCAUUACUAGAACGUAAUUUACAAAACGAAAUACACGAAGAUGUUCAAACCAAAGUCCAGAGACAUGUGCGCCCCUUAAGUGUCGCUUCACCGGAAGAACACAGUGAAAACGAAAGAAGUGAGCCAAAUAUAGACUUAAAAAGGGCAGAGGCAAAUGCGCAGCACAGCAAACAUGGUAUUGGCAGACCAAAAAAAUUGACAAGAAGAAAGGAAAAAUUGUAUUGCAUUUGUCGUACUCCAUAUGAUGACACAAAGUUUUACGUGGGGUGUGACUUAUGCAGCAAUUGGUUCCAUGGGGAUUGUGUCAGUAUUACCGAAGAAGCUUCGAAAAAACUAUCGGAAUUUAUUUGCAUUGAUUGCAAAAAGGCGAGAGAAACUCAACAGCUAUAUUGUAGCUGUCGUCAACCAUACGACGAGUCACAAUUUUAUAUAUGCUGCGAUAAAUGCCAGGAUUGGUUCCAUGGACGUUGCGUCGGAAUACUUCAGAGCGAAGCAGAGUUUAUUGAUGAAUAUGUAUGCCCUGAAUGCCAGCGGAAAACAGAUGCAAACGCCGCAAAUAUGAAAAAACUUUCCCCGACUGAAAUUGAGGAGCUAAAGAACUUAAUCAAACAAAUACAGUUACACAAAAGUGCUUGGCCAUUUAUGGAACCGGUUGAUCCGAAGGAAGCCCCUGACUAUUACAAAGUGAUUAAAGAGCCCAUGGAUCUCAAACGGAUGGAAAUCAAACUCGAAUCAAACACCUACACCAAACUAGCAGAGUUUAUUGGCGAUAUGACAAAAAUAUUUGACAACUGCCGUUACUAUAACCCGAAGGAAUCGUCUUUUUACAAAUGUGCUGAGGCACUGGAGUCAUACUUUGUGCAAAAAAUUAAAAAUUUUCGGGAAAAUGUUUUUGGCCAAAGUAGAUAAGAAACCCUAGCAAAGCCUUAAACUUAAGAAACAUUACAAUAGUUUGUAAAUGACACAUCUGAAAACUGGAAAACAUGUUUCAUUUUCGUAUUUUUAUUUUUCAAUCAAAUGUUACAUAUACAUAUUUGAUAGAUUAAAAGCUACUUAUAUUUCAAUAUAUAAGAGAUAAUACAUGUACAUAUUAACCGUAUGAAUAUGAAGGACUAUUAUAUGAGUUGUAAUACAAGAUAUCUGUAAUAUAAAACAAUAUGCGAAUAAAUUUCAGUUUCCCCAGACAUUUCAAAAAUUAAAAGUAUUUAUAAGCCCUUUGUACA